AUGGUACCGUCAUCAGCUUCCAUCUCGAAAGCUCUUUCAUCAUCAUCAUCAUCCACCCUCAAAGACCUCCGCCGAAUCCACGCCCUCGUCAUCUCUCUAGGCCUCGAACGCUCCUCCGACUUCUUCUCCGGCAAGCUCAUCGACAAAUACUCCCAUCUCAAAGAUCCCCGCUCCUCCCUCUCCGUCUUCAAACGAGUCUCUCCCGCGGAGAAUGUCUACCUCUGGAACUCGAUCAUCAGAGCGCUUUCUCGCAACGGUUUGUUCUCCGAAGCACUCGAGUUCUACGGGAAGCUACGCGAGGCCAACGUUUCUCCCGAUAGGUACACGUUCCCUCCCGUCGUCAAAGCGUGCGCGGGGGUAUUCGAUAAGGAGAUCGGAGAUUCGGUUUAUAAUCAGAUAAUCGAAUUGGGUUUUGAGUCUGAUUUGUACGUGGGGAAUGCAGUUGUUGAUAUGUACUCGAGGAUGGGGGUUUUGUGUAGAGCGCGGCAGGUGUUCGACGAAAUGCCUGUGAGAGAUUUAGUUUCUUGGAACAGUUUGAUCUCCGGGUUUAGCUCUCACGGUUAUCACGAGGAAGCUGUGGAGCUUUAUCGUGAGCUGCGAAGAAGCUCUUGGAUUAUGCCGGAUUCGUUUACUGUGACGAGUGUUCUGUAUGCGUUUGGGAAUCUGCUGGCUGUCAAAGAAGGAGAAGGACUUCACGGUUUUGUUAUGAAGUCAGGUGUUAGCUCUGUUGUGGUGGUUAACAAUGGAUUACUCUCAAUGUACUUGAAGCUAAGGAGAGUAACGGAUGCGAGGCGAGUUUUCGAUGAGAUGGUUGUUAGAGACUCAGUCAGUUACAAUACUAUGAUCUGUGGGUGUUUCAACUUAGAUAUGUAUGAAGAGUCCGUGCGGUUGUUUUUGGAGAAUCUUGAUCAGUUCAAGGCGGAUAUCUUAACGGUUAGCUCUAUUCUCCGUGCCUGUGGACACUUAAGGGACUUAAGCUUAGCAAAGUACGUUCAUGAGUACAUGAUGAGAGGUGGAUUUUCGGUUGGAGCUACUGUGGGGAACAUCUUGAUCGAUGUGUAUGCAAAGUGCGGUGAUGUGAUCGCGGCAAGAGAUGUGUUCAAGGGGAUGGAGUGUAAGGAUACUGUUUCAUGGAACUCGUUAAUCAGUGGGUAUAUACAAAGUGGAGAUCUUUUGGAAGGUGUGAAACUCUUUAAGAUGAUGAUGAUGAUGGAAGGGCAAGCGGAUCAUGUCACUUACUUGAUGCUUUUAUCUGUCUCCACACGUUUAUCAGACUUGAAAUUUGGGAGAGGGCUACACUGUAGCGUGACAAAGUCUGGUUUUUAUUCCGAUGUUUCUGUUAGUAAUGCUCUGAUUGAUAUGUAUGCUAAGUGCGGGGAAGAAGGAGAUUCUCUGCAGAUAUUUAAUAGCAUGGAAACUAGAGAUACAGUAACAUGGAACAUGGUUAUUUCAGCGUGUGUUCGUUCUGGAGACUUCGCAAGUGUUUUGCAGGUAACUACACAGAUGAGGAACAGCGGUGUGGUGCCUGAUAUGGCUACUUUCUUAGUUACAUUGCCUAUGUGUGCUUCACUUGCUGGUAAACGACUAGGCAAGGAGAUCCACUGUUGUCUUUUAAGGUUUGGGUAUGAAUCGGAGUUGCGUAUAGGGAAUGCACUGAUUGAAAUGUACUCAAAAUGUGGUUGUUUAAAGAGCUCCUUAAAAGUCUUUGAGCAUAUGAGUAGAAGAGAUGUUGUGACAUGGACAGGGAUGAUCUACGCGUAUGGAAUGUACGGCGAAGGUGAGAAAGCUCUUGCAGCUUUCGCAGACAUGGAAAAAGAAGCCGGUGUUGUUCCGGAUAAUGUUGCCUUCAUUGCCAUCAUCUAUGCUUGCAGCCACUCUGGUUUGGUGGAACAAGGCUUGGCUUGCUUCGAGAAGAUGAAAACUCAGUACAAGAUCGAACCGGUGAUGGAACACUACGCUUGUGUGGUGGAUUUGUUGUCAAGGUCUCAAAAGAUUUCGAAAGCCGAGGAGUUUAUUCAAGCGAUGCCGGUAAAACCUGAUGCUAGUGUAUGGGCAUCUCUGCUAAGAGCUUGUAGAACAAGCGGGGACAUGGAGACUGCGGAAAGAGUUUCUAAGAAGAUCGUUGAACUGAACCCGGAUGAUCCAGGCUACUCUAUUCUAGCAUCAAAUGCGUAUGCAGCGUUGAGAAAGUGGGACAAAGUGAGCCUAAUCCGCAAAUCCUUGAAAGACAAAGAGAGAAAGAAGAACCCUGGAUAUAGCUGGAUUGAAGUGAGUAAGAAAGUUUAUCUGUUCCGCGCAGGAGAUGUUUCAGCUCCUCAGUUCGAAGCCAUACAGGAGUCAUUGGAGAUGCUAUACAGCCUGAUGGCUAAAGAAGGGUAUGUUCCUGAUCCACGGGAAGUGUCGCAGAAUCUAGAGGAAGAGGAAGAGAAGAGACGUUUAGUAUGUGGUCACAGCGAGAGGCUAGCGAUUGCGUUUGGACUGUUGAACACAGAACCAGGGACUCCAUUGCAAGUGAUGAAAAACCUUCGUGUCUGUGGUGAUUGUCAUGAAGUCACGAAGCUGAUAUCGAAGAUAGUAGGGCGUGAGAUAUUAGUGAGGGAUGCUAAUCGGUUCCAUCUCUUCAAAGACGGAGCUUGUAGCUGCAAUGAUCGGUGGUGAAUAGCGUUUUCAAAUGAAUAGCGUUUUCAAAUGAAGAUAACAUAAGCAGUAUCGUUUUCAAAUGAAGAUACAUUUUUUUUGUGCAACACAAAUGAAGAUACAUAAGAGUCAAAUCAAUCAUAUGUUUUUGCACCAAGAACUUUGUUACUAGAAAUCUUAUAGAAGUACUUUCUCGGUCGAUUAUUUUGAGCACAAGGAAACAAUAUUUCUUUGUGGCAUUUGUAUGCUCUUGUUGUUGUAACUGGCACAUAAUCUUUCGUAACUUACUGUUUCAAAUAAU